UAUAAAUGUAGCAUAUUGGGGUAACUGGCUUAGUAGCUUUUCCUUGCCAUUUGGUCUACGGUCGUUAUGCUUAAAGUGUCACGAUAGUAUCGGGCUAAGUACCCUUAUGAGAAGUCAUUAAUGAUUAUUGUUAGUCCUUUAUCACACAAUAGGCAGCAGCACGGAAACAAUUUCAGAAUGCCUGGGCCCCCUAGUUCGACUGUUUGCCUAGAUGUCCUUGUUGUAGGCGCUGGCAUAAGCGGUCUGUCAAUUGCUAUAGAAGCUACACUAUCUGGUCACCACGUGACUGUAUUCGAAGCAGAAGAAGGACUUCACGAGAUAGGGCAAGGAAUACAAAUUACACCAAACGCUUCACGGAUCCUACAACGCUGGAGCCUUUCAAACGACCUGUGGGCUUCAGCAGCGGAGCCUACGUCUUUUAUCGUCCGUCGGUAUUCCGGCGAAGCUCUAGUUGUGGAGGAUGGCUGGAAGGAGAAGAUACGAGCGAGAUACGGCGCUCCAUACGUCGAGCUUCACCGGAUCGAUUUCAUAAAGGCACUGUAUGAGCGCGCAAGGGAACUUGGAGUCCAGUUUCGGUUCGGAGAGAGGAACGGACACGUGGACUUUGAGACCGGAACGAUCACAAGCCAUUCCGGUACGGGUAUACGUGGGGAUCUGGUUGUUGCCGCCGACGGCCUAUGGUCUCUCUGUCGGGCUCAAUUUCUCCCCAAAGACUUUGCGGGUGUCCCAAGGCCAACUGGUAAUGUCUCGUAUCGGCUAAUGAUACAACUGGAUCGAAUUGAGGACCCUGAGUUGAGGAAAUGGGUUAGCAACCCGAAUAUGAACACCUGGAUGGGCCCGAGGUCGCACGUUGUAGGAUUCUCGCUUCGAGGAGGAACGGAAUUCAACCUUAUCCUGAUAACCCCGGACGACUUACCAAGCGGUGUCAGUCGUGACGCAGGUUCGGUGGAGGAAUUGAGAGCUCUCUUUAAGAACUGGGACCCGAUCUUAAACAAGUUCCUCGAGCUCACUAGUUCUGUUCAGAAGUGGAAGUUAAUGCACCGCAAGGAGAUGCAAAGAUGGACCCAUGAAUCUCGCAAUGCCAACUUUGCUUUUGUCGGCGACGCUUGCCACCCAAUGGCACCGUACCUAGGCCAAGGAGCUAACUCCUCCAUCGAGGACGGUGCUGUUCUUGGUCGCUUGUUAGGGCACAUCCAGACUAAGGACCAGGUCGGCAAAGCACUGAGAAUGUACGAGCAGCUUAGAAAGCCACGAGGAGAUGCCAUCGCAAAGGCAUCUUUAGAGCAACGCGAAAUAUUCCAGAUGAUUGAUGGCCCUAAACAGCGCGCGCGAGAUGAGUUGCUAUUAUCGCAGAUUGAUAGCGAAGUAAAAGAUGCCCCUUUUCCAAUUCGAAUGUGCUGCUCACAGGCGCAAUCGUGGUUGUUUAGUUACGACGCAUAUGUGGAAGUUGAUAAGGCUGUUGGCGAGAAUCCCUUCAUUGGACAAGAGGAAGAUUCGGGCUUGGGUCGCGUAGACAGUGGUGUUGGGUUCAAGGCUUAAAACUUUAUAUCAGUACCUGCAGCAUUCUUGGGCGUAAAAGUCCAUGGGGGUAUGAGCUAUUCUGCGAUUAAUGGAAGAAAUAUUGCUGCCCGACAGGUACCUCCUAUACAUGUACCUCUGCUCUAGGGCAGCGUUCUGUU